AUAUAUGAAGGCAGUUUUACUUUCGUGCAGUUGAUUCGUGUUGUGUGCUGGGUGAACGUCUUAUUGGUCAGGUGCAACACAUUCAAGUAGCAUAAUUUCUGACUGAUUUUAACCUUGAUUUUUUCAACUGUUGUAUUUCCUUUUCUCUGAAGCAUGCUGCGAAUGAGAGCGGUGCUAUAUCAGUCUUUGAGAAGUUUCAGGACGUCUCCCUGCGCUGCUGUUGAAGUGCAGAAUGAACCCAUCCUGGGAUUUCAGGAGGGGAGCAAAGAGAGGGCGGAGCUGCUUAAGGUCCUGCAGGAGCUGAAGGGUAAGACUGAGGAAAUUCCGUGCGUGGUUGGAGACGAGCAUGUCUGGACCAAAGACAUCAGAUACCAGCUGUCGCCCUUCAAUCACUCCCACAAAGUGGCCAAGUUUUGCUAUGCUGACAAGGACCUCCUGAAUCGGGCCAUACUGGCUUCAUUAGCGGCCCGCAGGGAGUGGGACCUGAAGCCAGUCCAGGACCGAGCCCAAGUUCUCCUCAAGGCUGCAGACAUCAUCAGUGGGCCCAAGCGGGCUGAGGUGCUGGCUAAGACUAUGAUUGGGCAGGGUAAGACCGUGGUCCAGGCGGAGAUCGAUGCAGCGGCUGAGCUGAUAGAUUUCUGGCGCUUCAACGCCAAGUACGCCAUGGAGCUGGAGGGCCAGCAGCCUCUGGACAGCGACGGCAGCACCAACACCAUGCUGUACAGGGGCCUGGAGGGCUUCGUAGCCGCUGUCGCCCCCUUUAACUUCACCGCCAUUGGAGGGAACCUGGCGGGGACUCCGGCCCUGAUGGGUAACGUGGUCCUGUGGAAGCCAAGCGAUACGGCCAUGUCGGCCAGCUACGCCGUCUACAAGAUCCUGAGGGAGGCUGGCCUCCCGCCAAACAUCGUCCAGUUUGUGCCGGCCGACGGGCCCGUGUUCGGCGACACCAUCACGGCCUCUGAGCACCUGGCCGGUGUCAACUUCACCGGCAGUGUCCCAACCUUCAAGCGGCUGUGGAAGCAGGUAGCGCAGAACCUGGAGCAUUACAGGAACUUCCCACGAGUGGCAGGAGAAUGCGGGGGGAAGAACUUCCACUUCGUGCACAAGUCUGCGGACGUGCAGAGCGUGGUGAUGGGGACGGUCCGCUCCGCCUUCGAGUACGGGGGGCAGAAGUGCUCGGCCUGCUCCAGGAUGUACGUGCCCGACUCCCUGUGGCCCCGGAUCCGACAGGAGAUCCUGGCUGUGCACAAACAGCUCAACGUGGGAGAUCCUGUGAAUGAUUUAAGCACCUUCUUCUCUGCAGUCAUUGAUGACAAGUCCUUCGAUCGCAUUUCUAAGUGGCUGGACCAUGCCAAGACUUCCCCUAAUCUGACCGUCAUCGCUGGUGGUAACUGUGACAAGAGCAAGGGUUACUUUGUGGAGCCAACCAUCAUCGAAACGAAGGACCCACAAGACGCCAUCAUGAAUGAGGAAAUCUUUGGCCCUGUGCUGACCGUUUAUGUUUACCCUGAGAAUGACUACAAAGAUGUGCUGAAGCUGAUCGACAACACCUCCCCCUAUGCUCUGACAGGCGCCGUCUUCGCCCUUGAUAAGAGUGUGGUGGCUGAAGCUGCUAAAACCCUACGGAACGCUGCUGGGAACUACUACGUGAACGACAAGUCCACCGGCUCCAUUGUUGCCCAGCAACCAUUCGGGGGUUCGAGAGCAUCAGGCACUAAUGACAAGCCCGGCGGCAAGCACUACGUCCUAAGGUGGACAUCGCCGCAGGUCGUCAAGGAGACCCAUGUGCCGCUGACAGAAUGGAAGUACCCCUACAUGGGUUGAGAAGGGAACUGAUUUUUGCCCCCUUCUCCCCACGCCCCUACCUGUCUUGCCUAACCCCUACCCUGCAGAACGGCACUGAAUCCCCAUCCUCUUCCACGUUAUUUUCUCUACUGCUCAUCACUGGAGAUACAGAAAAAUGUAUGUUACAGGAAACCACCCCACCCUCGGCUCUGGACCAGAGCUUACACUGGCUGAUUCUGAGCCAGCUGAAGGGGUGGCUAGUCCCCCCAAGCACUGUGUGGCACCGAUAUGGGACGAUGAAGAAUCUAUGCACAGGGAGCAUUAAACCCACCUGAGUGUGCUUUCAGCCAUCCUCCUCUCAUUGUGUGUCCAAGGGGGGGGUGGCUUGCUUGCCUUGCAACUGGGCUCAACUGGGACCAGAGCUGCAGUUACACGUCUCUCACUGAGGUCUAGCCUGGCUGUACAGACGUAGGACUCCGGUCCGGGUGUUGCUGAAGAAGACUGGGUGAGCAGGAAGGAAUUUCAGCCGGUCUCCCAUGCCCCUAUGUGGGACUAGAAAAAUCCUGAAAAACCGGCAAACAAAUAUCGUCUUGCCCUUUGUCCUCAAAAUGCUCCUGGCUUUUUAUUCAAGUUUUUAACUGUCAGCCUGGCAAGGCUCUUUCAGAAUUUAAGGGAAAUUGAAGAUGGUGCUUUGCAAAGGAAAUGUCCUGAGAUAAGCCUUUUAGAUAAACAUGCACCUGUAUAUUGAUACCCUAAUUGGAAGAAAUGCAUUUGGAACAGUUCUAUUGUAACUUUGGACUGCGAAAUGCUGUACCAUCUGUGCUUUUAGAAACAUUGGCCUUGACGAGAAAGUUAAUGGUUUACCUCGCUAACCUCACUGCCAGACAGUAGAUGGGGUUCAGUUAAUAUUUUUGACUGGUUCAUUUUGGGUCGUGGCGGAAUGAAACAGGAAUUCUGUGAUUGGCCCUUUGUUGCUUAAGAAAUUCAAGACUUUUCAGAAGCAUCCAUCUUCAGUGUAUACGUCUGUGUUUUUAUUUUUUAUUUUAUUUUCCCAAAGCAAAAUUAAUGAAUUGCUUUUGAGACAUAUCUUAAUCAGUCACCUGUGCCUCUCCAACCCUACGUUUGUAAUGGUCCAGCGCCCUGACCUGUGGCAGUUCCUUUCUACACUUUGGCAGACAGCUUUACAUAUUUACCAUGACGAUGGCAAACUUGCAGCAGCUAUGGUCACUUGAUCGAGCAGAUAAGGCGAUUACAGUAUGUAGGCAGUGUUACUAAAGUUAUUCAAUUAUAACUUAAAAAAUAAAAUAAAAUCCUAAAUAGCAAUUUAUUUUCUUAAACAGAUUUUUUAAAAUUAACUUGUAAUUAAUUGAUUUAUUAAUACAUCCUACAGCAUUGCAAUAAAUUAUUUCACUAAAUAUGCGCCUGUAUUAAUGAUUCAGAGAUGGGUGAUAUUUGGAAUAUGAAACCUUGCCUGUUCAAUUGUUUUAGUAGAAUGACAAGAUUAUUUGGUUUAAUUGUUGUUUUGAUGUUAUGUCUUUGUUAUUCCUGUUAUGAUCUGUCUGAAAGGUACAGAUUGAAAUGGCAUAAACACAUGUGCAUCUUCAUCAGAAAAUAAAUGCUGUUUGUUCAUCA